AUGUCUAAUAAGAAGUUGAGUUUAUUCAAGAAUUAUUUCCUUGCUCUCUUGGCCAUCUCUGACUUGGGCCUUUCAUUUUCCUCCCUUCCUACCAUGCUGAGAAUCUUCUUGUUCAAUUCCAUGGGAAUUUCACCCAAUGUCUGCUUUGCUCAAGAAUUCUUCAUCCAUGGAUUCACUGUCAUGGAAUCCUCAGUGCUUCUAGUUAUGUCUUUGGAUCACUUUCUUGCCAUUCACAAUCCCCCAAGAUAUACUGCUCUCCUCACUAGCAACAGAGUUGCUAAAAUGGGACUGAUCUUAGCCACCAGGAGCAUUCUCUUAGUGCUUCCAUUUCCUUUCACUCUAAGGAGAUUAAAGUAUUGUCAGAAGAAUCUCCUUUCUCACUCAUACUGUCUGCAUCAGGAUCCCAUGAAGUUGGCCUGCUCUGACAACAAGAUCAAUGUUAUCUGCUUCUUUGUUGCUCUCUGUACUAUGCUGGACUUGGCAUUAGUUUUUAUGUCAUAUAUACUGAUCUUGAAGACUGUACUCAGCAUCGCAUCUCUAGCAGAGAGACUCAGGGCCCUCAAGAACUGUGUCUCCCACAUCUGUGCUAUGCUCAUUUUCUAUGUACCCAUCAACCUGGCUGCCAUGCACCACUUCGCCAAGCACAAAAGCCUUCUUGUUGCAGAUAUAUUCUUGUUGUUGUCACCCCUAAUCAACCCCAUUGUAUAUUGUGUAAAAACUCGACAAAUUUGGGAAAAGGUCUUGGGAAAGUUGUUUAACAUAUGUAGGAGAUAA